AUGGCCCCGCUCUCCGUCAAGGCCUGCUACAAGCACACCAAGCGUCGUUUCUCCCUGGAACCGUCCUCCACCUUUGCCGACUUCCAGGCCAAACUCGCCGCCAUCUUCUCCAUCCCGGCCCCCCGAACCAUCCUCUACAAAGACGAUGAAGACGACCUAGUCGCUGUCUCCUCGGACUCGGAGCUCGCCGAGCUCUUCGCCAUCGCCACCUCGGCAAGCAUCACCCCGCUCCGCGUCUACCUCUACGACACCGCCGAGGACGUGUCCGCCGCCGAGCAGGCUUCACGUCAAGCCCCCAACGCCGAAGUGCCCCGUCCCCCCUCCUCUGCGGAGCCGGACCGCUCGCACGACCCCAUGCCGCAGCUGGAUUCCGUCUUCUCCGGCGUCUCUCAGAUCUUGUCCACCAUCUUCAACGACGGCCGCAACCAGCCCUUCCGCUCCUCGCGCCGCUCGCACCCGUGCGGCUGGCGCAGCCGCUCCUCUCGCUCGCGCCGCCCGGACAUGCCCACGCCCCCACCGCCCUUCUUCAACAUGUACGGCCCCAUUGCAUCGUUCAUCUCCGCCAUGGCAAACUCCGGGGGAGGUCCCCCCGACAUCAUGUCCAAUUUGUCACGCGUGUCGCAGGACACCAGGGACGCCUUUGAUCAGGCGCGCCAGGCAGUCCUUUCCGCCGAAGACCCUAUGCGCAUCAUUAAUGCGGCCAGGGCGGGCGCGCCCGUAGUACGCUCGUGGAUGAACGAUAAUCUGGGCUCGGAGGGACCGGUGCGGGAGGAGUCUGUCCCACCGUUAGUGAGGGACUUAGAAGCUGCGAUUGGGGAAGGCUUUGGUAGUGAUAUCACUGACCGUGCGAUGGAGCUAGUGAGGGUCGCUCUACGCGACCAGGUCGUCGUAGAUAUGCUCAGGAUGCUACCAGAGGAUUUUUCCUUCUCCUGGGAUGCGGAGAUGGUGCCCCCGGGGGAGUCUUAUCGCACGAGUGGGUUCUCGGUUCAUACCGGUGUCGAGUGUGACAACUGCGGGAAACAGCCGGUGCGAGGUAGCAGAUUCAUGGCGACGAACCGCGAAAAUUACGACCUGUGCGACAGUUGUUACAACGAUGAGACUGUUGAUAAGCAAGGAAUCGAGUUCAAAGAAUGCAAGUACAUCUGGGAGGCGCGCUUGGGGGAUGCUGUCGUGCCCUCGGCCCCGCUCUCCAUGUGGAACCGCGGGCCGAGCGUGGCUUUUCUGCAGAAGUUGCUCACGGAUCUGGGCUUCAUGAAUGAGAACAUGUACCGUCGUGCAGUUGGUAUGUAUGGACCGAAGACGAAGGCGGCUGUGAUGCAGUUCCAACGUGAACAUGGAUUGAGCGAUGUCGUCGAGUCUGGAGUGUACGACGCGACUACGGCCGCGAGCUUGGUUUCUAUCAUCGAAACGCAGGUGCCCCCCACGGCUGCGACAGGCAGUGAUCCUGCCGAGUCGGGGCCUUCUUCUGCUACUACCACUGCACCCGAGUCUUCUCCGGCGCGGGGUUGAUUUGAUCAGGAAUCCUGUGUUGUUCCGUUUUUCAUGGUGGUCUCGUGAAAAACAACUCGUAUUGUUGAUAGUGUAGGUUUCCCUUUCUUGUCUCUGGUGCGGCUGAAAUGCAGCCGGAGCGAUUCUUUCUGUCACUGUUUCAUGGCCUUUUUCAUCUAGCGAUGUGGCGCUCACUCCGACGACAUUGCAGGACUCAUGAGUAAUGUAGCUGCCUGGUUUGCGUAUUAAAAUGUUCUUGGAACAACCAAAUACUUGUGCGGACAUCACAGCCUGCCCUCUGCAGUCCGGAUCCUCAUUCAUUGUCCAGCAAGGUCACCAUAUGGGAAUCACUCCUAUUGGCCUAGUGUCAUGGUCAGAACGCUUUCCGCCAAUCAACAGGCGUCGAAGGUGGCCAUUGUAUCUCUCGGCAAGCUGUCCUCGUCAUUAUCCUGUCCCUACGAAGUAUUUGCAGCGAAACUGAUAAUUCCACGUCGUUCGCUGAUGCGCCGUGGAUAUCGCUCAUAUGGCUCGGCCGUAUGACAUAUAUAUACGGGUUCUGUGAAGAGACUUAACAUUAUUGAGGAACUCUUCCUCGCUUGCUUCCGCUCAAACGGUGUCCUCCAUCGCUUGGAUGCACAUGCUUAACAAGACAUCGGAGCUGUUAAACUUGCAUGGUAUCAGACUUGUACAGGCUCCCAUUUACACAAUCUAUGAUGAACAAUUUGGAAAAGGAAGAAAGUCUAUCUGUCCA